AUACCUUUUGUACGAUGUAAAUCCUCCCGAAGGGUUCAACCUUCGAAGAGAUGUCUACAUUCGACUUGCUUCCCUUCUAAAGACCCUGAGGAAAAGUGAAAACUGGGUGUUAGUUCUGCCUCCCUGGGGGCGUCUUUAUCACUGGCAGAGCCCUGACAUCCUUCAGGACCGGAUCCCUUGGUCUGAGUUCUUUGAUAUCCCAAGCCUCAACAGGAACAUCCCUGUCAUCGAAUAUGAGCAGUUCCUUGCAGAGUCAGGUGGACCCUUUAUUGAACAGAUCUAUGUGCUACAAGGCUACGCAGAAGGAUGGAAAGAAGGAACAUGGGAAGAAAAAAUAGAUGAAAGGCCCUGCAUUGAUCAGCUCAUGUACUCCAAAGAUAAACAUGAGUACUACAGGUAA